AUGAUGUUCCGGAGAAACUUCCCCAAAGUCCUCUGCAUCGGGCUGAUUCUGGCGAUUGCCAUCAAUCUCCUGGUAUUUUACAGCAGAGGGACUUCACAAAUUAGUCUUUUGGGUCACAAGGAACUUCAGCUGCCUCUGUCCGAGAGGGAAGGGGAGGUGGUGAAGAGACUCUCUCACCUGGAGGCAGACCUGCAGCACCUGAAAGAAAGUAUGAAGUUGGCUCUGAAGCAACAAGAAAGUAUGAACUCCACACUAACGAGGGUGAAAGUUGAAGUACGCUCUGUUCAAAAUGCAGUGAAAUCCACAGAGAGUGAGGCCCAGAAGCGCAAACCCCAAAAGAAACUCUUCCCACACUCACAGCUUUUCAAGCAGUGGGGAGACGAUCUCUCUGAAGCUGAACAGCAAAAGGCCCAGGACCUCUUUGAGAAGUUUGGUUACAACGUGUACCUCAGUGACCGCUUGCCCCUCAAUCGCACCAUCCCUGACACACGCGAUUCCAGGUGUCUUCGGAAGACAUACUCUUCUCAGCUUCCAUCCCUCAGUGUCGUUCUCAUAUUCAUGAAUGAAGCUCUGUCUAUUAUAGAGCGGGCCGUCACGAGUGUCAUUAACCGGACCCCCUCUCGAUUAUUGAAGGAGAUCAUCUUGGUGGAUGAUUUUAGCACAAACGAAGAACUAAAGACGUAUUUGGAUGAGAAGAUUACGCUUUACAACCACCAGUAUCCAGGACUACUGAAAAUAAUUCGCCAUGCUGAGAGAAAAGGUCUCGCUCAGGCACGCAACACUGGCUGGGAGGCUGCCACAGCUGAUGUUGUCGCCAUCUUGGAUGCUCAUAUUGAAGUCAACAUUGGGUGGGCAGAGCCCAUCCUGGCUCGAAUUCAGGAGGACCGCACUGUGGUUGUGUCUCCUGUGUUUGACAAUAUUCGUUUUGAUACCUUCAUACUGAGUAAGUAUGAACUGGCGGUUGACGGGUUUAACUGGGAGCUCUGGUGCCGCUAUGAUGCACUGCCACAAGCCUGGAUAGACCUGCAAGAUGUCACCGCUCCAGUGAAGAGUCCUUCCAUCAUGGGUAUCUUGGCAGCCAACAGGCUCUUCUUGGGAGAGAUUGGGUCUCUGGAUGGCGGGAUGCUGGUCUAUGGAGGGGAGAAUGUGGAACUUAGUCUGAGGGUGUGGCAGUGUGGAGGGAAGAUUGAGGUCUUACCCUGCUCCCGGAUCGCUCACUUAGAGAGAAGCCACAAACCUUAUGCCUUGGAUCUGAGCCCCGCCUUGAAGCGCAAUGCUCUGCGCGUGGCGGAAAUCUGGAUGGGUGAACACAAGCACAUGGUCUACUUGGCUUGGAACAUACCUCUCCAGAACUCAGGGAUUGAUUACGGAGACAUUUCUUCCAGAGUGGCACUUCGAGAGAAACUGAAAUGUAAAAGCUUUGACUGGUACCUGAAAAACGUGUAUCCACUCCUGAAGCCAAUCCACAGCAUCGUGGCCUAUGGAAGAAUGAAAAACACAUUGGAUAGAACUAUCUGCGUGGAUCGUGGGCCUGUUCCAGGCAAUAUCCCCAUCAUGUAUCCCUGCCAUGAAUUCAGCCCACAGAAUGUCUACUACCACCUGACUGGGGAGUUCUAUGUGGGGCCACUGGUUGCAGAGGCAACUGCUGCUGACCACUGCCUGACGGACCCUGGCAGUGGCGAGAAGCCCACGCUAGAGCCAUGUUCCGAGGCAGCCAGAAAAGGACUGCACAUACACUGGGAUUUUAAACAGGAAGGAGCUGCCGUGAACAGAGACACCAAGCGCUGUCUGGAGAUCGAGAAGGACGCUUCCAGCGCCUACGUGCUUGUGCUCCAGACUUGCACGUCACAAGUGUGGGAGCUGCAGCACACCGUCGGGAGCUGGGGGCACGCCCACGCUCCAUGAGCCUCAGGGGCCCCGGCUGGUGACACCAGUUCUGCAGCCAGAAUGGCUUCUACCAAAGUGGGAGACAGUGAGAGAAAGUGCGCGUGUGUGAGUGUGUGUGUGAGUGUGUGUGUGAGUGUGUGUGUGAGUGUGUGUGUGUGAGUGCGUGCGCUUGCUGUGACUUCGCCACGUGACUCACAGGAUGUGCGUGUGUCCGGUGUCUCUGCUGGGGAGGGGACAGGAAGCUCCGAUGCCUCGUCCCCAGCUCCCCUUGGACGAUCGUGAUCCAUAUCAAAUGCCAUUCUUGGAAACACCUUGAAAUAACCGGCAUUAUCUGGCUGUUAUGUGGGGAGAGAACGAGGCUGGAAGUUUAUCUGCGGCUUCUGCCAACGCUGUUUAGCCUUCAUCGCCGACAGCUAUUACCACCAUCUGCCCCACACUCCUCCUCCAGCUCAGCUGCUCAGACAUCCCCCAGGCUGCUGGGGACUGCUCCACGGGAGAGGCUGGGCCCCCCUCAGGCCGCAGCACGGCUGGUACCCGGGCAGCAACGCUUCUGUCUUUUUUCUGGACCAUCCUGAAAGAUGCAUCAAACAGACAAAUAAUCGUCGGAAUUUCCUCCAUUCAUCCCUGUGCUCAGCAGUUUUAGUUAGAUUUCCAGUCUCUCCCGUCCCAAAGCGAUUCCAGAGAGGAGAGAAGGAAUCUCAGCCAAUCACAGCUCUUUCAGGGAUAGUGCACAGAGAACAGUCAAAAAUUCCAGUUUCUGGGUCAGCCCUGGAGUCUAGGGGUUAAGAAAGUUCAGUUGAUCAUGGCUCGUAUUCUAGCCCGGGUGGCUUGAAAAACACGCCAGCCUCAUGUAAAUGCAUGCCCCAAAUCUC